AUGAGGUAUAAGCAUGAAUUUCCUGUUUUUGAUUAUGAUAACCCAAGGCUGUGGGUGGUGAGGUGUGAGAGAUUUUUUAUGCUAGCUAGAAUCCCCAGAGAUGAGGUUAUGCAUGUAUUGUGUGUUAAUCUGACUGGAAAGGCAGCCCUCUGGUAUGAAACUUACCUUAAUGGCUUAAGGGAAGGCUUCCAGUGGACCCUAUUUGCCAGGGCUAUAUGCAAAAGGUUAUGUGAUAGCCAUGUGGAUGUAAUGGAGGAAUUCUCCAACUUCAAGCAGUGGGGAAGUGUGGUGGAAUUCUCUGACAAAUUUGAAGAGUACAAAGGCUUGUUACUGCAGAGCUAUCCCACCCUAAAUGAUCAGUAUUUUCUAGAUAGCUUUGUAGUGAGGCUAAAACAGCAACUCAGGUGCUUUGUAAGGACUUCUAGGCCUGGGAAUUUAGAGGAUGCAAUCUGGCUUGCAAGGCAGUUUGAAAAGGGGCUGAGAAAUGAGCCAAGCAGAAUCCAACCCCACCAAAUACCAACCAAAACCACAUCUUCCAACACCCUGCAAUCCAAUGUCAGGACCCCUGAGAUCAAUAGGUUCAAGGACCAACUUAGAGAGCAAAACAGAUGUUACAGGUGCUUUGAUCCAUGGAGCCCUGGGCAUAAGUGCAAGAGCCCUACAUUCAAUAUCAUAGAGGGAGCUGAAAGUCAAGAAAUAGAGGAGGGCAGUAUGGGAAAUCAGGAGGAAGAGAAUGAAGUUGGGGAGAUACCUGAGGACGAAGAAGUGGAAUGGGAGUACCCACAGCUUUGUGACCCCAAGGUAUUGGACCAGAGAGGAAUUACUGCUGAGAGAGCUGAAAACCUUAAGGUCACAGUGGCCAAUGGUGAGACUAUGGUGUGUGACUCAAUUUGUAAAGGCCUAGAAUGGCAGGUGCAGAAGGAGCAAUUUAAGAAGGACUUGAGAGUUUUGAAGUUAGGAGGAUGUGAUAUAGUCCUUGGCAUGGAUUGGAUAGACAUUUAUGCUCCCAUUCAACUGCACACAAGACCUCCUGGAAUCUCAUUUCAUAAGGAAGGUAAGAGGGUAUUGUUGAAGGGCCUGACCAAGAAGAUUGUGUUGCAGCAGGCCUCUAAAAAAGAGAUUAGGAAAUGGAAGAAGGAAGGGGUGCAAGGGUACCUCCUGCAGGGUAUGAUUCAUGUCAUUAACCCCUCUGAGAGUACAGAACCACACCACACUGAGCUGACUGCCAUUUUGCAAGAGUAUCAGGAGAUCUUUGAAGAACCUAAAAGCCUACCCCCUUCAAGAUCAUUGGAUCAUGAGAUUCCCUUAAUCCCAGGGGCUAAACCUGUGCACUCUAAACCCUAUAGAUACUCAUACCUACAGAAAAAUGCAAUAGAAAAGAUGGUGGAUGAAAUGCUGACUGCUGGAAUUAUAUCACACAGUUCCUCCCCCUUUGCCUCACCAGUACUAUUGGUUCCAAAAAAAAAAGAUAAUACAUGGAGGUUUUGUGUGGAUUAUAGAGCCCUUAAUGGGAUAACCACUAAGAAUAAGUUUCCCAUUCCAUUGAUAGAGGACUUAUUCUCAGAACUGGCUACUGCAAGAGUCUUCACUAAAUUGGAUUUGAGGGCUGGUUAUCACCAAGUGAGAAUGAACAAAGGAGAUGAGUACAAAACUGCCUUUAGAGCACAUCAAGGCCUAUAUGAAUUUAAUGUGAUGCCCUUUGGCUUAACUAAUGCACCAGCUACUUUUCAGGCUCUCAUGAACCUGGUCUUCAAGCCCUUGAUCAGGAAGACAGUGCUGGUGUUCUUUGAUGAUAUUUUGAUCUAUAGCCCAUCCUUGGAGAGCCACUGGAAACAUCUAAAAGAAGUGCUGGAAAUAAUGAAGGAGAACCAACUACUGGUCAAGCUUAGCAAGUGUUCCUUUGCUAAAAAAGAGGUGGAAUAUUUAGGGCAUAUCAUUUCGGAGGAAGGACUGCAAACUGAUCCAGGAAAACUAUCUGAUGUGUCUGCUUGGCCUAAACCUGCUACCAUCAAGGAGUUGAGAGGCUUCUUAGAGCUCACUGGGUAUAUAGGAGAUUCAUAA